AGGCGGGACCUCCCGGCGGCGCCGCUUCCUGGCUCCCACCUCGCGCGGCGGCCGGCCUGGCCACGUCACCGACGGGCCAAGGGUGCGUGGCGGAGGCGCGCGGCGGGUCGGGCGCGCGCGGAGCUGGGAAGGAGGCGCGGGCAGGGGCCUGGGGCACCGUGAGGCCGGGCCCGGGGACGUGGCAGCCGCCCCGCGCGCCAGAAAGUUUCCUGGAAGUUUGCUGGGUGCGGGCGCAGCGCCGGCGGGCUGCACCAUGAACGUCUUCCGAAUCCUCGGCGACUUGAGCCACCUCCUGGCCAUGAUCUUGCUCCUGGGGAAGAUCUGGAGGUCCAAGUGCUGCACCGGCAUCUCUGGAAAGAGCCAGAUCCUUUUUGCUCUCGUCUUCACCACCAGGUACCUGGACCUCUUCACCAACUUCAUCUCCAUCUACAACACCGUCAUGAAGGUGGUUUUCCUCCUCUGUGCGUAUGUCACCGUGUACAUGAUCUAUGGGAAAUUUCGGAAAACAUUUGACAUUGAGAAUGACACAUUCCGCCUGGAGUUUCUUCUGGUUCCAGUCAUCGGCCUUUCCUUCCUGGAGAACUACAGCUUCACACCACUGGAGAUCCUCUGGACCUUCUCCAUCUACCUGGAAUCGGUGGCCAUCCUGCCCCAGCUCUUCAUGAUCAGCAAGACUGGGGAGGCGGAGACCAUUACCACUCACUACUUGUUCUUCUUGGGGCUGUACCGGGCCCUCUACCUGGCCAACUGGAUCAGGCGGUACCAGACUGAGAACUUCUAUGACCAGAUCGCGGUGGUGUCAGGAGUGGUGCAAACCAUCUUCUACUGUGACUUCUUCUACCUGUACGUUACCAAAGUACUUAAAGGAAAGAAGUUAAGUCUUCCAAUGCCAAUUUGAGGGCCUUCAAAGAUGACCUACACCUUAAUAAGGACAUGGAACAAGCCAUUUUGAUUAAUUCUCCUUGGUGACUUACCCAUGACUGGGGACCAAAUAUUAAAAUUAAAGCCAGAAAAAUGCCUACUAUGGAUUUCAGCAAAGCACUGCUCAUUCUAUCUAGACCUUGUCAGCAGGAUCUUCCAAUACCCGUGGCACAGGUAACAAGCAGCUGGGGCCAUGUGCACAAGUACAAGGCUUCUGGGUACCUGGAAAGAGAAACCUCAAGGAGCCUGAUCCACAGAUGGAUCGAAUUAAUAUUAGCACAACUCAAGCUGGGAAAGGUCAAUGUGGAGCAAUGCCCACGGGAGAAUGCCCCACCUGGACAGCUAUAUUGGGGGCAUGUUCCCAUAGACUUCACUUUAAGAGACCAAACUGGUAAGGGUAAAAUCAUAGCCAGUCAGCAAGAGCUAACUGUUACUUCACUUUAACACUGCCUUCAAGCCAUAAGCAACCAAAUUCAUCAGCUCUGGCAAGGGUAAAUAGUUCUGUGUCCCCUCCUCACCUGGUUGAAGUCUUAUUCAAAGGUCACAGGAGCCCUUCACUCCUUAAUCCUAACUACUGCUUGGGUGGGGCACCAUCAGCAAGAUCACCAUUUUCCUGAUGAGCUAGAUGCCCAAGCACUUACCCUGGGUCUUGUUUUGUGACUCAAAUUCUUUAAGACUAAUCAACCCCACCUUCCUUUCAGUUUAGAUGCUAAGGUGAUUAGCCACCCCACACACCCAACUUUUGUCUAGAAGCAAAAGCUAAGAGAACUGCAUUGAGUUACUCAGAGAAAUUUUAAGGAAUAAAAAGCCCACACCUUAUUGUCAACAGUUUUUAUUUAUUUAUACCUACAAAAGAAAACAAGAUGGUAUCAAAAGGACAAUUUACAAACUAAUAGUAACAUAGCUCUUAGCAUCCUGUGCCUGAACAUCACACAUCUACAAAUCUUUCAAGUCUUAAUGCAACAGGAAUGUGUUCAGAGACCAGCAAGGACAUGUGUAUAGAGAGCACUGAUCCCAAGCAAAAGCCACCAACCUUUUAGAUGAGAGAAGUCCGCACAAUGACUUGUUAGGAGGAACUGGGGAGAAGCAGCCCGUGGUUUAAUACUGAAACCCUUUCCCUAAAUGAGUUUCAACCAUGAAUGCAGUAACCAGCAUCAAGAGAGCAUUUGUCAGAAAUUCAUCAGAGAGUUAUACAGAAAAAAACUGCUAAACUUCAGCUGUGCUCAGGCCACAAGAGCUUGUGAAAUUUGGAAUUUGCUAUUUUUUCAUUUUAAGAAAAGGGAAAGCAAGCAAUCGGACUACUGCUUGUAUACACAGACCUUUCCCUGAAAACGGAUGCUUUCAGGAGCUGCAAUAGAGUAGGACGUCCCCUGUGGUGGAAUCUCUUAUGUUUAAAAACAACAACAACAACAACAACAACAAAAAAAAAAAAACCAGAAUUUGGUUGUAGAAAGAAAUGUCCACAACAGACUGAUCAGUGCUUAGAUACCUUCUCUUUGGGGAGGGAUGGGGUGAGAUGGCGGGAAGACACAACACUUUGGUUUAAAAGCACAGAACAGUUUUGCAUAUUUCUUCUGUGCCCACCAUCCUCCUUGGCCUCUACUUUUUAAAGAUGGGGGAACAAAAAGAGCAGUAAAGAAGGAAGUGGAAAAUAAAAAGGAUGCCAAAGUUUUUACAUGCAUACAUUUCAGCUUAUGCUGACAACCUACCUGGUAUGUUGCACAUUGAAUCAAUACUUUCAGAACCCCUCAGAAACCAUCCCUUCUCUCUCCCUGAAGGAUUUUAAAAGGAAAACAAAAACAAAAAACCUCAAGUAUUUCAAUUUUUAGAUCUUACAAACCAGCAAGCACAUUCAGGCCAUAGCCUGAGAAUAGGAAGGGAGCCUUCCUCCUGCACUGUGAUACUGGUAACAGCAUAAAAAUGAACAGUUCCACCACAAUAGGUAUGGAAGGGGCUUCUGGGAUGGCCUGCCUGCCUGCCUAUGGUUCUGGUGAACACAAAAGAGUAUUCUUUCCAGGUCCAUUAGCUGUUGAAGUCUUAGUAAGAUAGUAUCACUAUGAAGGGGACCCACCCACCUACCUUCACAUAGAGGAAAAGUAAAAAGGACUUGGACUUAAGUCCUCCAGGACAUUUCCUAAGCACUACCUACCUGUGAAAAGCUGAGUGCAAAGGGACGCUGAGGACAGCGUGUGCCUCCAGAAGUGUUAGAAGCGCUGCAGGACAGAGCGCGAGAGCUCAGGGGUGCCUAAGAGUGUCUGCUCAAGAUAACUUGGCCAAAGGGGCAGAGUGAGCGGCAAAGAGCUGCUUUUACCCUAGUUCUACAAAUACUGAGUUUAAAAGGAAAAUCUGCCUCCAUUUUGAAUACAAUGUUUAUCAUUAAAGGUGCCUUACACACUGCAGGUGAAUGCAGAGGCUCAACUACUUAAAAAAGUAAAUUUCCAGUGAGCACUGACAUUCAUUUGCUCACAGCAACAGUCUGGCUAGAAAUUAAUUUCAUAGAUGGUCCCUGCUUAAAUGGGGAAGAAAACAGGCAGGUUUUCACCCCAAUGCCAAGAUGCUGCAGUUUAACCAAUGCGAUUAACGCUUGGGUUUUUAAUUUAAAAGAAUUAAACUGAGACUCAGCAAUUCAAUUCUAACCUGACAUUAAACUCACCAGUUUUAUCAGUAACUGGGGCGGGGGGGGGGAGGCAGACUUAAGGGAGAGAAAAUCAAUUAAAAAUGUAACUGUCAAAUGCACUCAAGCCAUCAGCCAAAAUGACAAUGGCAAAGCACGAUCUUAAAACCAUCAGGCCCAAGGAACCCUGGAACCCUGAUCCAACUUGAGAAAUGCUUUAAAAAAAAAAAGAAAAAAAAAAAAAUCGUCAUGGAAAAUGUGCAGGUUUAUCCCUCUUGGUUUUCUAACCCAGUGAUGAGAGCAAUUCACAGCACAGAUGCCAUCUUCUUCUGCAGGACAAUCCAGCCCUCCCCCCACCCUCCCCACAAACUCAGGACAACAAAAAAGGGUUCCCACAAAAGGGCCUCCUAAUACCUUACUUUUUUCUUUUAAGAUGAAAAAUAGCUCAAAUAUCCUCAACAUGCAAGAAGUUGGGGGAAGAAAUUUUCCUCUUCUAGUCAUUAUAUAUAUAUUUUUACAAAAUCAGUUAUUACAGACUGGAUUAUAUUUGGGGACAGGGGGCAGAAGAAACCUGGCAGUGAAUUCUAACUAAUCUGCAUGAAAAGACAAAUCACAAUGGUUGGGAGGGAAAAAAAACCCCAAUAAUUAAAAAAAAAAAAAAAAAAAAAAAAAAAAAGGUAAAGAAAAAAGCAGGGGGAAAG